AUGGCAAAUUCUCGCAUUGCUAGGUUCUUCAUGGAGGUAGCACCACCUCAGUAUGUUACUGUGAUGAGGCACAGAACAUCAAAGAUGUUGGACACUAUUACUGAAGAUGAGAGGGAGAUUAGCACAAAUGAUUGUGUCAUUUCACCCCCUAAAAGUUCAACAGCUUCAUCUUCUGCUUCUGUCACCAAUACUAAGAGCAGAUACUUCCUGAAGAAAGUCCAUAGAUCCCUCUCAAUUUUGAAUCAGUGA